ACCAACAAGUAUUUCCCUACCAUAGAUUUUUAAAAUGGACUGGUACAAUCUUUGCGUCCAAAUCAGUGCCUCAUCAUUUCCCCUGCCCGGAAAAGGAAAAGAGAAAAGAAGAAGACUCGAGACAUCGUCAUGGAGGUUCCCCAUGCGCAUCCCGGACCUGCAUCUCUAGAGUUACUGUUGCUACAGGCCAACCAUAGGUCUUCAUACAUAUGGGAUGGGCAGUGUUAGUCCUAGACAUUCCGCCCCAGAUGUAUAGACGAUAUGUGGGAUUUCAUUCGGGCCCACCCACUCCAUCCCUGUAUAGUUAGACGCCUUCAGGAUACAGGUUUCUACAGGAUCAUAGAGAUCGGCCAGUUGCAGUUCGACUGGGCGUUGAUCACGGGUAUGAUAGAGCGGUGGCAACCGGAGACGCACACGUUUAAUCUACCCAUCGACGUAGCUACCAUCACGCUUGAGGACGUGGAGGUUCUUUUCGAGCUGCCGGUUGAUGGAUUACCUGUAGCUUACCCGCAUGCUCUCAGAGACUAUAGGGGAUUGCAUUACCUGCAUAUGUUGCAGCGGCUCACCGGAUUCCAGCCAGCGGAGGAGACUGCAUUGAGUGGGGCCAGUCAUUUGCAGCUGACGCCCAUCCGGCAGCAUCUGGAGGUGAUGGAUGUGGAGAUUACGGAUGAUUCACUGCCGGAGGUUAUCGACCGGCACACGAGAUUGGUGCUUCUGCUGAUGUUUGGUGGUGUAUUUUUCCCGAACACUUCGGGAAACCUAGUCAGCUUGAGAUUUUUAUAUCAUCUUGAGCGGCUAGAUGAUUUACCUGGUUACUGCUGGGGUGCAGCUGUUCUAGGUUACCUGUAUAGGCAAAUGUGUCGGGCUAGCAUGGGCACCCAGAGAGACGUUGCCGAAUUUUUACUGUUGCUGCAGGUUUGGGCCUGGGAGCGGUUCCUGCAGUUCCAGCCACCUCUACCACCUAUCACUCCGGAUGCACCACCUUUACCGUUUCUCCCUUUAGCUUGGAGGUGGGUUGAUAGGAGAGGCUACGGAAGCGAGUUCGAGGCUAUUUGCUUGAAGACGCGCAAUUCUUAUGAAGGCCACACAGUGACGCGCUCAUAGCUGGUAUGCCUGAUUAUUGCUUCCGCAACUGAGCUAUGUGGAUCUCUUCCGUCCCACUGAUAUGUCUUGAUAUUGUCGAGCAUCAUGACACCGAGUGAGUCCUUCGCCAGUUUGGUCAACCGCAACUUGUACUUAUUCCGCCCGCUUGGCUUAGGACACAUUACCAGCGGGAUGAUCGUUCCAGGGCUGAUCAAACAUACUUGGACUGGCUAGAAGCCCAGAUUGAGAUUUGGGACCAGAGGUAUAGCCUGAUUCCGCCACCCCCUCCACCUGAGCGUACGGCUUGUGAGCAUGAGUAUAUGGGUUGGUAUCGCAGCGUUACCCGACUUCUCAUCGGGAAUCCCGUUCAUCGCGCUGGUGGUCGGUAUAUUCCAUACGCCGUGAGGCAUAAGACACUGGCUAUUGGCUUACAUCAGUUCUACCAGUUGGGGACUGGAGAUGCAGCAACAUACCGGCGAAGGAGCGGCAGCUUUGCAUGAGUAUAGACGGCAGGUUAUAGAUCUGGCUGCCCGGAUAUUGAGGCGUGCCGAGAUGAUGAGCAAUUAGGAUAUGAGGCUACUUAUGUGCCGCUAGAGGAGUACCAUCAUGGGCCACCAGUGGAGCCUGAACGUCGUAGACGUGGCAGGCAUGGCUAGAGAGGAAGGGGUGUCCCACGCGUUCGUGGUGGUCGGCGAGGACGGGGUCCCCAGCAAGGGGGCGUUGAGGCACCCGUGGAGGCUAUUAGAGAUGAUCAGCCGGGUGACCACCCUGAGCCACACGAUGCUCCUCAUGAUAUUCCGUCAUUCAGCCUUCAGCUGUCGCCAGGGACUUCACAAUUGACCCGUCAGCUCCAUUGUUGAUCGCGGGCACAUCCAUUACGACAGGAGUGGGAUUAAUAUUUUCCUGAUCCCCUUGAGCCAUCGACGGUUGCUGAGGAUUGUCCGACACGAGACGUGCAAAGUGGGCGACGACUGAGUUAUGGAUCAUCAUCGAGGGAUGCUGAGGAUCUAGCACAUACUUCAUCUACUCCAGUGCACCUCGAUGUUCCAACGGAGCGUUGCGCUGCUACUCAGGCAUAGACAUCGGCAUCGCUCGUCACGAAGGCCGCAUUGUGCGAUACUAAGACGCCGGAGACAGAUGAUCUAAUUUAGGAGCCCGUUGAGACCAUGGUUACUGCCGGCCCGACGGCUGCUUCUACCGAGUCUGCCAGCCUUACCCAUUGCAGCGUAUCCUCCGAUAAAUAGGAGACGUGAUGAGGAUGAUCCUGAUAGCGUAGCCGGACGGGAUGGGAUGCGCCUCAGGCCAGCAAAUGCUUUAAA